CUUCGGCCAAGAGUCGAUUUGUUCAGAGUUUCCGUGGGAACACGGAAACACGUCAACCUUCUUCCAGGUUCGACGGCUGAGUCCGAAGCAACCGCUUGUAGUGAAUAUGGCGGCGGAAAUUGCACCGUUUCAAACAAUGUCUACUUGAGGGCGUUACCAAUUCGUUCGGUCCGGGUCGCUUUGUUGCUGCUGCUGCUGCUGCGGCCGGACGGGCAGUAAUGGCCAUUUUGUAGUAUCGGUUUUUUACGCGUGUGUUCACUCGGGUGCCCCCGUUGGGCCCGUUGUACGUAGUAUUGGUGGUGAUAUUAGAAAAGACAGACGCGAGGUUUUGUACAUAUUUUUCAAAUAUACGACUAGCCAGUUCAUAACAAAAAAAUUAUUUUGUCAUUAGGACAAAUCGUCUUUUGCACGAAGUGGUUGAUCGAAAAUGGGACGUAAGAAAAAGAAGCAGUCCAAGCCCUGGUGCUGGUAUUGUAAUCGUGAAUUCGACGAUGAAAAGAUUUUAAUACAACAUCAGAAGGCCAAGCAUUUCAAGUGUCACAUUUGUCACAAAAAGCUUUACACAGGCCCAGGACUGAGUAUACAUUGCAUGCAGGUGCACAAGGAGGCGAUAGACAAGGUACCAAAUUCGUUACCCAACAGAAGCAAUAUAGAGAUAGAGAUCUAUGGUAUGGAAGGAAUCCCACCGAAUGACGCGAAAGAACAUGAAAAACAAAGGAACGGAGGUAGAGCCGGUUCGCCUAGUUCCGGGGAGGAGGAACCGGCACAGAAGAAAUCCAAGCCAGAGGGCCUUUUGGGUUCCGCGCCAGGGGCGAUACCCUCAAAUUCGAGCAUGAUGCCAACGGGGACUGUUAUGCAAACUCAUCAUCCGGGUAUGCCCCAAAUGGGACAGUACGGUCCACCCAUGCAUUCCAUGAUGGGUCAUUUGGGCCAUGUCGGACCUCCCUAUAUGGGACCCGGGUCAACGUUCCGACACCAUGGUAUGAUGCCAGGAAUGCCGGGUAUGCCACCGGGUAUGCAACCGACCGUAUCGAUGCCAUCUCGUCCUCUAUUCCCAAGUACCGGUGUGACAGUCUCGACGGCGGCAUCAUCCGGAGCGAACGUUGCUGCUCUAGGAGCGGAUUUCAAACCUAUUACCUCAAUGGCGGGCAGUUCGAUUGGACCCAUUAAACCAACGUUCCCUGCAUAUGGUGGUUCAAACGAGGCGAACGCAACAACGAAUACGAACAGCACCGGUAACGAGGCCAAAGUCAAUCUUAUUGCAACUACGGGAGCCGCGAGUAAAAUAGUUCAUCCGCCCGAAGAUCUCAGUCUUGAAGAGAUAAGAGCGAGACUACCGAAAUAUCAGCGUCGUACGAACGAAGAAGUGGCUCGUAACGCUCAUUCAGAAGCGUUGUCGCAACAAGCGGCGGUUGCAGCAGUAGCGAUUCAGCAUCAACAACAACAAUCGCAGCAGGUACAAUCUCAGCAGCAACAACAGCAGCAGCUACAUCAACAACAGCAACACCAUCAAGCGCAGCAGCAAGCGCAUCAUCAUCAACAACAGCAGCAUCAUCAUCAUCAUCAGCAGCAGCAGCAGCAGCAACAGCAACAACAACAACAACAACAACAACAACAACAACAACAACAACAACAACAACACCAGCAGCAACAACAACAACAACAACAACAAGCGGCGGCAAAUGCGGCUGCUGCAUUCCAGGAUCAACAGCAACGACAGCAGGCAGCGUUAAGCGCGUUGCAACAACAGCAACAGAGAUUUCAGAGACCACCGCAAACCGUAAUGGUACCGGCAUCGGCCGCGAUGCCGGUUAGUUCGGUCGCUUUAAUGGCUCCCUUGAUGAGACCUACCAUGACCCUCGCCGCGCCUGCUCUCAUCCACGGAGGUAACAUGAUGCGACCGCCCCCCAUGGGCCUGCCACCAGGAAUGAUAGGUGCUCUGCCACCGGGUGCGAUGCAUCCUGCCUUUGCGGCACCCAUGGGAUUUCCCGGUGCACCUAUGCUAGCUCCGAUGAUGCAUCCACGCUUCAGAUGAUCGCCCCCGUCGGACGGGCCUAAUCCACCGCUGCACUUUGUGCUAUGGGCUCGUCCCUGAAAUAACUAAAUACACCCUCUCUCUCUCUCUCUCUCUCUCUCUCUCUCUCUCUCUCUCUCUCUCUCUCUCUCUCUCUCUCUCUCUCUCUCUCUCUCUCUCUCUCUCUCUCUCUCUCUCUCUCUCUCUCUCUCUCUCUCUCUCUCUCUCUCUCUCUCUCUCUCUCUCUCUCGUCGGACCAUCAACGCCAACAUCCUUCAUCGGACCGGGUAAACGAAAUUAACGACCGAAGAACGAGGCAAAAUCAAUAACCACGAAAGCAACGGACGGAACAACUCAAACUCAAAAUGAGACACGUGAGCUGCGCGAAAUAAAGCUCUUUCCAAGCUCGCAGGAUCAUAACGCACUUAUGCACUUUUAUCAAAGCGAAGCCGCCACUCCGAUCAACGUUGCGAAGUUAGAAAAAAUUUCAAGGAGAGAAAGAGAAAUAGAAGAAGGAAAAAAGAGGCACCGAAAGACACGGGGAGGAAAACAUCGGGUCCUCGUUCAGCAGCAUCUUCUUUCCAACGAGUUAACACAAAGUUAGCAAAUUUUUAUGUUUUUUCUCAUUAUUACUAUUGUAUCUAAUAUACAUAUACACACACACACACAUAUAUAUAUAUAUAUAUAUUAUAUACAUGCGUGGGUGGGUGUGUGCGUGCGUGCGUGCGUGUGAAAAUGUCCGAAUACGUGGAUAUAUUAUAUAUAUAUGCGUAUAUCGUAUCGAGGCAGAUUAUUCAUCGGUUAUGGGGUAACAUUCGCAAAGCUCCGGUCUCUGUUUCAUCAUCGUUCAACUUUUCGAUUUCCCACCUACCCAUUCUCCGCUACCUCACCUCCAUCGGUGCAUUAUCCAAUUUCGGGCUGUGUCUUUUAUUUCUCUCAUCGCGCUGUAUUUUUUUUGCCCCAAUUUUAUCAAAUAGUUGGUUCAUCUACCGUAUUAGUAUUUAUUUUUGAUGCUUCGUUUGAGUUUCGAGUUUGCCUCGCCGCGUUGGAGAGAAAAUAGCAGCCGCGAAUGCCGAAAUACUUCGAGUCCCUGGACACCGUUGAAAAAUCAAAGCACCGAUAAAUAUCAUCUCGUUGAAGGAAUAAAAAUGAAGAACAAACGGGAUGACGAACAUACGCGCCAGAUCAAAAUUUUACAGCUAAAGUUUACCGUUUGUUUUUUUAUAAAUCUCGCGCGAAUUUCUGGCCUCCGAAAAGUAGUUUCUCAUUAUCAAGAAUUUUUUUUUCUUCGCGCCCAAUUUUUUCCUUCCGUGAUAAAUAUUACUCGUUUGACUGUGGUAAGUACAAAGGAUGGUGGACGCAUUCGUACAGGCGAGUCAGAUUGUCGGCAAAAAUAUUACUCUUCGCGUUUCGAAAUUUUCGCAUCGUUGCGUUUUCCGGGAGAAUUUAAUUUUCGUAUUAAUCCAAUCACUUAUCAACGGAGAGUUCGGUCGUGUUCCAUUCGUUUAAAAAAUUAGCAAUUCGUUAAUAAUUCUUCAAUCGCAAAUAAAUCGAUAAUGCUGAAUUUUAUUUUCGUCUCCUCUCGCCGUAAUAGUUUAUACACUUUACCUUAUUAGUCCGCUAUUUUUUUCUUUAUUAUAAUUCUCUCACUAUCCCUCUUGUCCCUUGAGUUUUGAUUGAGGGUUGUUUUCCCUCGAAUCCUAUGAUUCGAUGAGUCAGUUUACUAUUUAGAGUCUCAAAAUUCACUUGCGGAACUAUUUAAGAAAGGGAUAAAAGGAAGCGAAAGAAAAAACGGAAUAAAAGAUGAAAACACGCUUGGCAAAAAUCAUCGAAUACGAAAAUACUAGUGUUGGAAACAAUACGAGAAAAAAUGGUUGCUAUUCGUUGAGUGUGUACCGAUAUUGACCGACUCGUAUCGUUUUUUCCUCAAAUUCUUUAUACUCCUCUUCUUUCUUCAUCCUUUUCUCUUGUUUACGAUCGUGCGCGCAUAAUUGGCUCUCUCGAACAGGAAAUACACUCGUUCGUGGAGUAUAACGGGGGCAUAGCUUGCUAUUUCAGGAAUCUUUCGAUGUCGCGAGUUCUUAAUUUUUUUUUUCUCUUAUCUUAUCUCUAUCAUCAUCCGAAAAGUGUUGAUGUUAAUCGUGGAAAUGGUUAGAUCAAAAGUUUAAAAAGAGGAAGCAAAUAACGGGGCGAGCAACGUCGUAUGAUUCCUGAAAUGCGCGAGUUACGAUCCACAUAUUGUUUCAACCAAUCACAGCUCUGUAUCGCUGUUGGACCCUGAUCGGUCCCUUGCCCUCUGGCAGGCGAUUGUUUGGACCUACCGUCACGGUCAUCGAGCACUCGCCCUCACUGUUUGGCUCUCUGUAUUUACUAUUCGUUUAUCAUAUUUUCGAGUAUACAAAUGAUUUGUCUUAUCGUGGUUCGUGUGGAAAACGACAAGAACGCAAGAGAAUACUGGACGUGGAAGGGUGCUGUUGCUCGGGGACCGGUGAGUGUGUGGCUGGACCGAGAAACAAUAUUAAUUUUAAUAAUGAUCAUUAGGAAAGAGAGAAACAGAAAGGAAACAAGAUGAAAGAGUGAAUAUAACCGAUAAAAAGGACUCGGAAAAGUUAUUGGUAUUAACCGAUCGGAGGCGUCGUGCGAUAAAAGCCAACGAUUCGUCAUUUUAUCUCUAUAUGUUUAGGAUUAAUUGUCAUUAUUGAUGAAAAGAUUAAAAAUUUUUAUUGGAUAUGAGAUUGAAAAAAUGCGGCACAAGUGGCGUCAGACGGGGGGGGGGGGGGGGGGGGCGAAGAGCGAGAUAUUCAUUGACGAGUUUUUGGCUGAAUCGGCACAAUGGUCACCGUGCGAAUGCUUAUUUGGUUCUCUGUGUGUAACGAAAUAUCAUAUUUUACUAUCUCGCUACUUUUCCGUAAGAAAAAAAAAACAACAACAACAACAACAACAAGAACAACAAUAAUAAAAUAAAUGGAAUCCAAAGAAAAUAUCAUCUGUGACGAAUCGAACGAGAGCAGCUCCCUAAUCUUUGUGCCUGAUUAGUAUCUAAUCACGUUGAUGGUGUCGUAAGGGACUUUGAGUACGAAAUUUUGUGGGUCUUUAACGCUUUCUAAGCCCAGUUUUUCCGCCUCCCGGUAAAUUUUAUCUCAUGGCUAAUAAAAGUCUACUAUACUCGAUGCUACUGCCAGCACCGUCAGGUAAGAUUUACCUCGAGGUUCGACAACGGGCCCAUACCAAUUCAUAUACAUUAUCGAGCGUAUCGAUCGAUGUCUCGUUUCCCUCCCGUUUAUUCGGCGGCUAUAUAGGCUCGUCCUACUUCACCACCACCCCUCGAUUCGAUCUCAACAUUUUUUAUUAUUCGCUGUUCCAACGGUGCAUAUAUAAAUAAAUAAAUAAAUAAAUAAAUAAAUGAAAGAAGCGAUCGUCUUGCGAUCGCGCGCACCUCUUUAGACCUCGUAACGAGAGGGAAAAUCGAGACAAGAGUUUUCAGUAAUACAUAUACGGAUGAGAAAAACAAGAGGGUAGAGUAUUCGUUAGAUCCACUUAUAUCUCAUUACUUCACGGAAUUCUGCAGCGCUGCGUUGUUCACUGCGGUAAACGCGAAAGCUCGCGCUCGACGGAUACGCAAACGAACAAUGUAUCGGAUAGUUGCUCGAGAAUAAUAAAAAAAAGUGAUUGAUAAAAUUCA